UUGAAAUCCCAAUUAUAACUACUUUCGUAAUCAGCUGUGUCAAGGACUAAGCCUUGUUACAGUUUAGUAUCUUUGACCAACCGGUCAAAAGGACCUCGGAGCCCUCUGCGCGCUCAGACAGCCGUCUAUACGUGUUCUCCAUACCUACAACAAAUUAAGUAGCAGCCAGUCCAAUUACAAGUUUUAUAUCUUAUAUCAUAUAUCUCAUCAACUAAACCUGUUCAGAUGGCUGCGUUUCUUACCAUGGAGCAGAUCGAGGAAAUGAUUGAAAAGUCCAUGAGCAAGGCCGUGAGCAAGGCCGUCGACGAGGCCGUUAGCAAGGCCGUGAGCAAGGCCGUGGACGAGGCCGUUAGCAAGGCCGUGAGUGAGGCCGUGGCUCCGGUAGUGACGGAGCUGCGGACCUUUUCGGGCAGGGUGGAGACCCUAUCGGGCGAGAUGCGUCAACUAUCAAACAAAGUUGGAGUGCUAACCGCCAAGCAGCACAACUCUUUGGCUCCUCAACGUGAGCGUGUCAGUCGCGCCACCAUCCCCAGCGGGCGACCCGGUGAUCAGCCUCGCACUCGCACUCGAAGGUGGAAGUCGCUCAUUCGUCCGGAUGUGAAUAUGGGGGUGCCGCAGCUCAUGAUGAUACUGGAGCCCAACAUCGUGUGGGAACACACCAAGGGUUUUGUUCCCGGCGUGGGUCGGGAUGUGGAGGCUAAUGUGACUCCAGGGGAGUUCUUUGAGGGCUGGCACAAGGGAGGAAGAAGGGUGAGCGCCAUACGACUGACUGACUGA